AUGGAAGAUGAGGAUAUGAUUGACCGAAGGCGGAAGAGACUGGACAAAGUCGAAGGUGAUACCUGUUUCCUUAAUGAGAAGAUGAAUGUAUUUGAUACCGAACUGAAGGGACUGUCUAAAAUAGAACGUGCAAAUGCCUGCAACUCAGUCAUAAAACAGCCGAUGAAGAAGGAAUUUACUCUUGAGUUUUCACGUGACAGAAAAUCAAAGUCUGUCUAUUGUACACCAAACAAACCAAGCCGGACAUCCAUGAGCAAAAUGUUUGUGAAGGAUGCUCCUGAAGGUGUCAUCGACAGGUGUACCCACAUCCGAGUGGGAAGUGCCAAGGUCCCCAUGACUCCUGGUGUCAAACAGAAGAUUAUGUCUGUCAUUCGGGAGUGGGGCAGUGGGAGUGACAUGCUAUGGUGCCUGGCUCUGGCCACUCACGACAACCCGCCGAGGAGAGAGGAGAUGCACCUAGAAGAUUCGGCCAACUUCAUCAAGUAUGAGACCAAUCUGACUUUCGCUGGCUGUGUGGGCAUGCUGGACCCUCCCAGGAUUGAAGUGGCCUCUUCUGUGAAGCUGUGCUGGCAAGCAGGCAUCCAUGUCAUCAUGAUCACUGGGGACAACAAGGGAACUGUUGUGGCCAUCUCUCACCACAUUGGCAUCUUUGGGCAGGAUGAGGAUGUGACAUCAAAGGCUUUUACAGGACGGGAGUUCGAUGAGCUCAGCCCCUCAGCCCAGAGAGAUGCCUGCUUGAAUGCCCGCUGUUUUGCUCGAGUUGAACCUUCCCACAAGUCUAAGAUCGUUGAGUUCCUCCAGUCCUUUGAUGAGAUCACAGCUAUGACUGGUGAUGGUGUGAAUGAUGCCCCUGCUCUGAAGAAAUCUGAAAUUGGCAUCGCUAUGGGUUCAGGUGCUGCAGUGGCCAAGACUGCCUCUGAGAUGGUCCUGGCAGAUGACAAUUUCUCCACUAUCGUGGCUGCUGUUGAGGAGGGUCAAGCCAUCUACAACAACAUGAAGUAGUUCAUCCGAUACCUCAUCUAGUCCAAUGUGGGGGAAGUGGUCUGUAUUUUCCUGAUGGCGGCCCUUGGGGUCCCUGAGGCUUUGAUUCCUGUCCAGCUGCUCUGGGUCAAUCUGCCUGCCACUGCGCUGGGGUUCAACCCUCCAGACCUGGACAUCAUGAACAAAUCGGCCCAUGUUGGGUGCCAGAUAUUGAUAAAUGCGAACUUGGCAGGCCCCAUUCAGUGCCGAGCUGCAGCUGCUCUCCAUGACCCCUUUAUGCUUUCAAAACAAGCUGUGGGAGACUCUCACACACUACCCAGUGCAGCUUCCAGCACAAGGUACAUCCUUGCCCCUCCACCACGGUUUCUCUGUGCUGACCUCAAGGAAAUACUUCAUGGAAGAUUUGGCCUCACUGAUGCUGGGAACCCCACAAGACACCGAUGCUUGGAGUGGCCGCGUCAGAGAGCCCAGAUCUUGCCUGCUGUGCUCCCUGAUGUCUGCUGCUUGUUACCCACGCCUCCUUGUGCAGCUGCAGCCCUGCCUGGAGUGCUGGAGUACUUCAUUUUCAGUCCUCAGCCCCAGGAGCAGAGAAAUAAGAGCCCAUCCCCUGCACCUGCUCAUGGGGUCGUGUCCGGGCCUGGCAGGUGA